UUAGAGUUUUUUUUUUUUUUUUUGUGGUGGUUGAAUAUUGGUUUAUGUAAAUUGGAUGGCUGCGAUAGAAGUUAAUGAAUGAAACAUUAGCUGUGGGACUGGAGGAGGUACGUUGCCAUCAGCGAGCGCCCUGUUUCUCCAACACCAGGAUCUGGUUUCACACACCUGUCGACAUCCAAACACUGUGCUGUGUGGCUCUACAUUAUUUGUGGGUCCGCUUAUUUUAUAAGGCAGUUUUUGUUCUGAAGGAAAAGAGAAUGGAUCUUAAACAGCGGAAAUCAGGAAUUAGAUGAUAGAGGUUUGAAGGGAUGCCUGUGUCAUGGGCACAGAGCGAGAGGCGAACGAGACGACAAUCGGAGAUGAGGAUGUGUCUCAGACGGACGCUGCCAGUAUUGCAGAUGUGUCUGUGGAGGUGGCCACAGUUGAUCACGCUCUGCAGAGGCUCUACAGGAAGUACAGGAAGACGAGACGUAAGCCCAAGGGACUCAAGAGGCUGUGGGCCUAUCUGUUGAGCAUCCGGCACCUCACUGUCAUCAUCACAGCAGUGGUGUUUGUGGUGGUGAUUAUCAUGUGGUCGCUGCUGUGGGUCUUCAUAUUUCGCAGGGAAAGCAACAGUGGAGUGUAUUUUGCCGGGAUGUUCCGUGUUGCCAACGUGGAAUUUAUCCCCGAGUACCGCCAUGAACAGUCCAGUGAGUUUGUAUCCAUGGCAAACAAAAUACAACACGUGGUGAGCAAUGUGUACAAGGUGUCCUCAGUAGCCAGACUCUACAAGCAAGCUGUCAUUUCAGACCUCAGUAACAACAACAAGGGCGGUGUGCUGGUUCACUUCUGGAUGGUGUUUGUGGUCCCUCGACUGAAGAGCCCAGCAGUGUGUGAGGAGUGUGUAGGAGCCAUUUUCAGAGACUCGGUCCACACCAGCAUGAUGAACAGGUCCUCUGUAGGCUACCUGCUGGGUCUCCCAGUGGAUAUCGACUCCAUCCUCAUCAAUGCUGUUCAGCGAUCAGAUUAUUCAUCAAAUGGAGCAGGCUCUCAGUGUGUAGAUAAGCUGUAUGCUAACCUUCCUGGGGCAAGUGUACCUUUAAAUGUCUUCUCAUCAUGGGGUGGUGUGAAUUGCCAUGUAAAACUCACCGCUGCCCCCGGCUCUCUGAUCCGUCUGACCGUCACCUUGCUCCUCAUUGAGCCCAGCGACUGUGUGAAUGAUGCCCUGACUGUGUACGAUGCUCUGCUGCCCAUGAGAGGGCGCAUUCUGCACAGGCUGUGUGAGUCAGUGUCCAGCUCCUUCUCCCUGGUGUCUACCUCCAAUGUCAUGUUGCUGUCCUUCAGAAUGACCAAUGGCAACAAGAGCUUCAGAGGACACUUUGAGGCCAUUGCUGAAGAAGUGUGUAUGUCUCAAAUUGAGACCCACAUAAAGCCUGACAUCACUGGUCAAAUCUACAGCCCCUUCCACCCCAGCCUUCUGCCCCCACAGUGCUUCUGCACCUGGAAGUUUGAGACCCCUAACAGUGCUUUAGGAGUUGCUCUGCAGUUUCAGAACUAUGUAUUGAAACCAAAGGCCAUGGAGGGCUGUGAACACGGCUGGUGGAAGGUCAAUGAAAUCAUUUUCUGUGGCAGCUACGUGGGACACCACACGGUGUUUCGGAUCGCUGACCACAGCCCAGAGGUGGAAUUUCGCAGCAGCUCACGUAACUCUGCUCAGCCUUUUCAGGCGUCUUACAGCAGCUACAAUAUCAGCCAGCCCUGUCCAGAGAGCCACUUCCUGUGCUCCACAGGACUGUGUGUGGAGAAAAGUCGACGCUGUGACGGCCUGGACGACUGCCAGGAUGAGAGUGACGAGGUCUUCUGCUCGAGGCCAACAAAGAACUGUGGUGGCAACAGUCCUCUGCAUCCUUUGUAUGUAUGCAAUGGAGAGACAGACUGCACCAAUGGAAUAGAUGAGAUCAACUGCACUCAGGAAACAACCUGCUCUGAAAUCAGGUAUCAAUGCAACAGUGGCUCCUGCAUCAUGAAGAAGAACGCAAAGUGCGAUGGUGUCCAUGACUGUCAGGACCACAGUGAUGAGGCCGAUUGUGCCUGUGGUCGUCCCUCCUUGAAGAAGGUGGGUUCAUCUUCAGGAGCUGAGCGCAUCGUGGGUGGAGAUAACUCUGUGGAGGGGGAGUGGCCGUGGCAGGUUAGCCUCCACUUCUCUGGUAACCUGUACUGUGGGGCGUCUGUCCUCUCCUCUGAUUGGCUCAUCUCAGCAGCACACUGCUUCAGCAAGGAAAGGCUGUCUGACCCACGCUACUGGAGCGCCCACCUCGGCAUGCUGACACAGGGCAGUGCCAAACACGUGGCGGAGAUCCAGCGGAUUGUGGUGCAUGAGUAUUAUAACACGUACACAUUUGACUAUGACAUCGCCCUGCUGCAGCUGAAGAAGCCCUGGCCUCCCUCCCUCAGCCCGCUGGUCCAACCUGUGUGCCUGCCACCCCCCUCCCACACUGUCACAGACAACCACCGCUGCUUGGUCACUGGGUGGGGAUACCGGUCUGAGGAGGACAAAGUGCUGCCCUCAGUGCUGCAGAAAGCACAGGUGUCCUUACUGAGCCAGACUGACUGUAAGAAGAGCUAUGGACCUGUCUCCCCACGCAUGCUGUGUGCUGGGGUCCCCUCUGGAGAGCAGGACGCCUGCAGGGGCGACUCAGGGGGUCCUCUGUCCUGUCAGGCAGCGGGCGGGGGUCGCUGGUUCCUGAUUGGCAUUGUUAGCUGGGGGGCGGGCUGUGGCAGACCAAACCUGCCUGGGGUCUACACCAGGGUCAACAAGUUCACCUCCUGGAUCUACAGCCAUAUCAGCUGUAUUGUUGCAUAUCGCCUCUCCGGAGCUAAACGGGACAGUGCUAUGAGGACUCUCCCCAAAAGCAAAACUUGCGAAGUGUACUGCGUCUCUGGGCAUGGACAUUCAGGCUGCACCGCACAGGGAGAGGGGCAGUUGAAGGAGCCCACCCAGUCACUGAGCCCCCCCACAAAGCCUAAGAAUCAGGCAGAGCAGAAGGUAGAGGGGGGGCGAGCUCCAGCCUGUGGCUCCUGGAGGAGAUGGAUGUUAGGUGUCCUGCCUUUCUUUCCCUUCGCUGCUGCCAUUGCACUGACUCUCCACUUCUUUACAUCUCCGCCCUCCUCAGUGUUCUUCCUUGGUGGCAGCCUGGAGUUCCCAAACCUGAGCUUCUCCUCAGAGCUGACUAACUCCACCUCCCCUCAGUUCCGCCUGCAGGCUCAGGCUUUGAACCAUUAUUUCUCAGAACUCUACGAUUCCUCGCCGUGGAGCUCUUACUACCUGCACUCAGGAAUUACUGCUUUUAGUGAAGGAGCGGAAGGGCUCAAUGUCUUCUACUGGAGUAAAUUCUCCGCCCCGGAUGACGUUGCAUUGGCGAUCCGGAGGUCCGGCCCAGAGAGGCUGCAGCGCAGGCUUCCUGGCAGCAACAAGGUGCUGCGGGACAGCCGCAACGAGCAGCGCUAUUACAUGGAGCAAGAUGACGACAUGCUCCACCUGCUGGGUUUGGACCCUGAUGACUUUGAAUCAGAAGAAAAAUCAGACAAGAGUAAGAAUCCAAACAGCAUCCAGAGUGGGAAGUGGCAGCUUGGCUUCCAAGCGAUGUCCUUUGACCUCUAUGCAAAAUAUGGCAACAACCGCACCCUGAGCCUUGUGAAUCCCAAGAAGCCGUACUACCAGUGGCGUCUUCGCGUGCCGUCAGGUCAUGUGGUCCGACUGGUCAUCCUCACCCUGCAUGGUGCCACGCCAGGAAGCUGCACUGCCCACAAGCUCUCUGCUUACGACUUCUUACUUCCAUUACAGAACAAGAUCAUCGCACGGUGGUGUGGGCUGCCUAUUUCGGGUUCAUCCCCUGUUAUGAAGCUGACAUCCUCUGGAAAUGUGAUGUUGGUCACCUUCUCCUUCAGCAGACAGCGGGAUGGAGCAAUCUUCAAAGCUUACUUCCAGGCCAUCCCAAAAGCAGGUUGUGGAGGGUCGAUUUCCUCCUGGAACGGCUCUAUUUCCUCUCCCUACUACCCUUCCUAUUAUCCUCCUAACAUAGACUGCACCUGGACACUACGGGCACCGUUGCCAGGAUACCUGAUCUCCAUGACGAUCGUGACGAUCGACAUUCAGGAUUCCUCGUCAUCAGACGGCUGUGAAAAAGACUGGCUGGACAUCGGAGGGGUCAAACUGUGUAAUCCAGUGUCAGACAGCAGCAAAAAGCGAGUCUACUCCUCUCCUCUCUCCCUCCACUUCCAUUCGGACGAAUCUCUCACUCACAAGGGCUUCUACUUGCUCUACCGAGCCUUCUCUCCAGAGGGUACCUGUCCUCGGCAUUUUCGCUGUGGAGAUGGACGCUGCAUCCCUCUGAGGAAGGUGUGUGAUGGAGUAAAAGACUGCUUAGAUGGACGAGAUGAGGCUAAAUGCUCAUCCUGCAGGCCAGGUGAAGUGCUGUGUGGGAAUGGCCAGUGUAAGCCUCAAAGCAGCCAGUGUGUGAGCCAGAGCAGCUGUGCAGACAGCAGUGAAGAGGGUGCCUGUGGUAAAUGUUACCACCUGUGUCCCAACAAUGUCUGUUUGCCAAAGUCUUCAGUGUGUGAUGGUGUUAUUGACUGCAAAGACCGCAGCGAUGAACUCAACUGUACCAGAGCGUACCUUAAAGGCUGCUCCUCAUCUUCAUACAAAUGUGCCAAUGGAAAGUGUCUAAGUAAGGUUAACCCUGAGUGUGAUGGAGUCAAAGACUGCGUAGACGGCUCUGAUGAACUGCGCUGUGGCUGUGGCACCAGGCCCAGGAAGCGUACUAAGAUAGUGGGUGGCUCUGAUGCUGUGGCUGGGUCAUGGCCAUGGCAGGUCAGCCUCCAGAUGGAUCGCUACGGCCAUGUAUGUGGAGCCACACUGGUCGCCAACCGCUGGCUCAUCUCUGCCGCUCACUGCUUCCAGGACUCAGAUGCCAUUAAAUACUCAGAUGCCCGUGCAUGGCGGGCCUACAUGGGAAUGCGUGUGAUGAAUACGGGGAACAACGGCGCAGCCACCAGACCAAUACGCCGGAUCCUCCUCCACCCGCAGUAUGACCAGUUUACCUCCGACUACGACAUCGCACUUCUCGAGCUCAGUGCUCCUGUCUUCUUUAAUGACUUGGUGCAACCCGUGUGCGUCCCCGCGCCCUCACACACCUUCACAACAGGGACCAACUGCUACGUCACAGGCUGGGGGGUACUCAUGGAGGACGGUGAACUGGCCUCUCGCUUACAAGAGGCCUCAGUGAAGAUCAUCAACAGGAACACUUGUAACAAGCUGUAUGAUGAGGCUGUCACUCCCAGAAUGCUGUGCGCUGGGAACCUGCAGGGAGGGGUGGACGCCUGCCAGGGUGACUCAGGAGGUCCGUUGGUGUGUCUGGAGCGAGGCAGGCGGUGGUUCCUGGCGGGGAUUGUGAGCUGGGGUGAGGGCUGUGCGAGGCAGAACCGUCCCGGUGUCUACACACAGGUGGUCAGGUUCACUGACUGGAUCCAUCAGCAGACUAAAGGACAGGUGUGACUGAACACCACACUCACAUGAAGAAAAAAUGAGACAGACUUAACACACAGGACCAUGGUUUCAGACUUGGAGACCAUUUUCAGAUGGUUGUCAUGAUUGCAUGACAACACAUUCAGUCAGUUUUUGGAAGUGAGUCCAUGGCAAUGACCAGCAGGGGCAUCAUCCCUGCUCCACAUCAACCAGCUUCCCCUUACAAUCUCCAAACAUUGACAGUGGCUAUGUUGACAUGCACAAAAUGCAGUAACUAACCUGGUUAUUAAAUUCACUUUGAACCUGUGCAGAUUUCACAUGAUACUUUAAAAUAAAAACAUUUUAUUAGCUUUUAGUUUGACAGCGAAAGCUUAAGUCUCCUUAAUCAAAUGGACAGAUGAGGCCAAAGUACAACAAAUAGCAAGUUUACCCUGUGCAUGUAAAUGUAGCCAAUCACUUCCUGUUUUCCUACCCACCCUCUUAUUCUUGUCACAGCUACAUUGUUCACUACAGAGAUAGUGACCAUGUCAGGUGUUGCAGACAAAAAUCACAACAGUCCUUUUAUUGAACGUGGAAAGAGUUCUCUCCCCACACACAUGUAACCUUAUAUUUUUGCCCUUAUCUACAUUCGUCCAUGUACUGUAUGUGUGUUCAUGACCGACUGUAUGUGUUUAAGAGUUGUUAUUGUGCUGUAUGUGUAUGUAUGUGCAUUUGUAUAUCAUGAGUUUAUCCUUAUGUUCAAUAUAUUCUGUAACUGUAGAAAAGUGAAUAAUCCCUCAGUAGGAGGUGAUAAUAUAUUUUGCAUUUCACUUUUACUGUGAUUUAAUUUAUCUUUAUGGUGCCACCUUUGCACUUCAUGUUCCAUGAAAAGCAUGAUAAUAGCUCCCCUUACAACCAUGAUUCAGUUGAUGCUGGCAUAAGGAACAAAUAAGUUUAUCAGGAGAAAACCUUACCAAUCUUUGUCUAUGCCAUGGUCUAUGCAGACACCCAUGCAUGUUCCCGUGUCUCCUGCUGCCCCUCACAUCACCACCCGGUGGCCAUUCUGCAUCAUUGUUCAUUUUAUGUCCUGAGGGAAUGAUGCACCUUACACCCAAAGGAUUUAAAACAUACAGUUUGCAUCAUUGUUUUAUGAUAUCAGAUAUGCUUUUACAUUAAAGACACAAUUUCCAAUGCAGCAGGUCUCAAAAAACUGUUGCGUUUGUAAUGACAUUUAUAUUUGUUCAGUUGUUUUUUUUUACUAUAAUGUCCAACAGUGAAAUUUGCCUUUUUUACCUUUUUUUAUUUAAUGUUGGGCUGGUAAAUCUCUAUUGCUUCAGCUGUACCGUACAGCAGUUUGGAGUCAGUACUUUUAUAUAAAACAUCAUCUGAU